AAUAAAGCAGUAUGGCGGACUGAAUGGCGAUAAAUAUGAAUAUACGAUACGCUCUUUUUUAACAAGCAAAUUAAUACAAGAUCACGGAGAAUCAUGUAAUUUUGUUGUGUGUUUGUUUGUUUUUUGAAUUUCGUUUUGUGUAUGCCAAUUUAUCAUUUGUCCGUAUCUGAAACAAAUCUUGUCCCCAUAGGCUGGGACACAACAUCAAGAAAUCCCACGGAAACGCGUGCAGGAUAUGACCAUAAUGUUUUAAUACGUAAAAAGUACAAGUAUUUAAGGUUAUGUUGCUCACUGAGUUAAGCCUCACACGUACACGUACAGUGUUUAAUCAAAGGUUAGACAUCACCGUAAUAAUUUGUCAUAAAAGGUAUUUUUUUAAAUUCUAUAGCGACUAUGUUACAUUAUACUAUUUCGAUCAGUUAAGCCUAUUAGAAUUAGCUAGUGAUUCCUGGAAACUGGUACAAUUAGUGAAUUCAGAUGUAUGAUGACAGGUAGCAAAACCAUUUUGUUACCUGACCUUGUCACAAAGUGGAAAAUCAAGUUGUUACAUUUGAACUAAUCGCUAUUUUCCCUUCAGUUACAGGUCCAGAGUCAUUGUUGCAUUGGCAGAAGAGAGCAGCAUUUAUAUUCCUCUGAAUACAAAAUCAAAUAUAAUACUUAAUUUGUGAACCUUUUAAGCCAAUCACCAUUUAAAGGAGAAAUGAAGUCAUUUCAGAUAACUAGGUUGUUAUGUACAAAGCAAUCUACAGGAAUGUCUAAGAGUCUUCAUCAUUCUUUUUUGCGCUGGCAAGAACAUGGAAGUUCUGUAUCUUCUGCAGCUCAUCGACUUUUAGGGAGACGUGUGUGGUACAGCCAUCAUUUGGGUAGAUCAUAUUACAAAGGCUCCUGGGGAUACCAACAUUUAUCUUUCCGAGGAUUUCAUACAAGUAAACCAAGAUUUGCUGCCCCAUUGGCACCACUUGCUGCUUUUCUUGUUAAAUUAGCUGGCCCACUAUCCAAAGGGAUCAAACUGGCUGCUAUUGUAGGUGGAAGGUAGGGUUUUACUUUUGAUGAACAGUAUUUCAAUCCCCAUCCAUACAGCUGCCUCACUACUAUUAUGAUCACUUUGAUUAUGAUCCAGCUCAUAAAAAUACUUUUGCAUGUACAUUUUCUUAUAAGAAAACCCACUGAAUGAGGACAUUCAUCUUGUUGAUAAAGCCCAUCACUUCAUGGUAAUAGAGCACAUUUUUCUUUUUAAAGGGCAGACUGGGAGUGUAUGUAAAGAGUUUUAGUGUUGAAUUCUCACAUCUAAAAAAUGUUGUAAUUUCCUCAGCAAACAACAUCAGCAAUGUAAUAGCCUCUCUACAAGAAAAGAAUCCAGCUACAUGUGAAGUAAAUUUAGUUACAAAUUGGACAUGCGCCCUGCUAACAUGACUACCACAUCAACCCACCUAUUUCAUAGUCCUUCAAGUAUUGUUUAUAGGUGUGAUUGCCAGCCAAAAUAAAUUUGUUCUUCUACAUUCCCAUGGGGGAAAGGGAACUAGGGAGUCCAAAUUGCCACCUCCCAUACUUUGCGUUGCUGGGUUCUGCCCAUUUCUUCUUGGCUUUUUCCCUUUAGGCCUUCUCUGACUGCAAAAUAUUGAGCAUUGCUGAAUAAUUUCCCCAUAUUUUUCCUGCUUCCCCUUUUUAAGAACUCCCACCUCUCACCUUUUCCUCUCCAGCCUUCCUUACCUCUCCUACCCUUGGGCCUGAAUUCUCCUAGAUAUCAUCCCCUAGUCCUCCCCCUUAUUUUUGCAAAUCUGGACCCUCUCGAAUGCCUUUCUGGUAUACGGUUAGUAGUAAUGACAUUCAAAAUACUGAGAUUGUACAAACAAAUACCUCAUUUCACAUGAAAACACUUAAGAUAUUGAUUAACCAUUUUUCAGGACUUUUCGCAAAAAUUGGAAAAACUUAUCAGCCAAAAACCGUCUGCAGUUGUCUAAGGGGGUCACAGUUUUCAUCGGAGGUUUUGGAGGAGCUUGUGUUGGAUUUUACUUCUUUCACUUAGAAGAAUCACCUGUGACACACAGGACAAGAUUUAUGCCAAUCUCUCACAAGCAAAUGGUAGAACUGACUGAAAAGGAGUAUAAGAAUGUAUUGGAAGCAUUUGCUGAACACAUUCUGCCACCAAACCAUCCCGAUCAUGUGAGAGUUUUUAGGGUUGCGACAAGAUUAUUGUUGGCUAAUCUUGGUGAGGAGAUGAACAAUUUAUCUUGGCAAGUCAAUGUGGUGGAAAGUGAUGAAAUUAAUGCAUUUGUUUUACCAGUAAGUAGCUACAAUAUUGCUUUUUGCUUUUUGGUUUUGUUUGUCUGAAAUCUGGUCCAAACCUCAUCAAGACUUCUUUCAAAAUUCUAAACAUUAUUAGGCAAAUAUUGUGAAGUUGUAGUGUGAAGUACUACCCCCUGAUGUACUGUAUAAAAUUUUAAAAAAUUGUUAAGAACAAGAAAUGAUACAAAAGUGCUGUCAAGUACAGGUAUUUUCAUAAUAUUUUAGUCUAAUGAGAGUGGCACAGUAUGAUUGUAUGAUUUUUAUUAUAGUAAUCAGGUUAAUAAGUUAGUGAAAGUUCUAAGUUGACUUUUUAAUUGUUGUAUCUGCAGAAUGGCCAGAUUUUUAUGUUCACUGGAAUGCUGAAGCUUUUACACAAUGAUAAUACUCUAGCAACUGUACUUGGGCACGAGAUAUCGCAUGCUAUUUUGCAACAUGGUGUAAGUGUUAACUAAAAAUAAUGUCAGGGGAUGAAUUUUAGACCCAAUGUUAUUUAAUAAACAUAAUGAUAUAAUGGCCAAAAUAUUUUUCAUGACCCUACAGAAUUUUCACUGGCAAUUUUCUGUCUAGACAUGGUCUGCUAAUAUUUGAAAUACAUGUAGUAUACAAGCAAAGCGACUGCAUGCCUCCCUUAAGUGACUACUCAUCUCACAGUCAAAUCACUACAGUAAAACCCUUUCAUAAACGGCCUUCAUGCAACCAAUUGUACGUGUAGCACGUCUGCUACCACCCACUUUUUUCAAUUAUUGUAGUUUUAGAUUUUUCCAUUGUUGUUAUCCUCCUGUAAGCGAACACUUGAAGCAUUGUUUGUUCUCUAUGUUCACUGUAUUUACUAGACCUCACUUGGUGGUGGUGGCAGGGGAGUGGGGGGGAGGAGGGUUGGGGUGAAGAACUUUUAUAAGUGACAUCAUUUGCAUAUACAUGUACACGUACUGUAGCCUCCCUGUGGGUUGAUUCUUGUAAACAGCCACAUAUUAAAUCUUUGCAUUUUGGUUGGUCAACCAUUGGAGGUUUGACUGUAAUUUCAUAUUGUGCAACAAUCCUGAGAGACUUCCAGCAGUCAACAUUGAUGGUUAAACAGCAAGGGUUUGCUCUGUCAAAUGUAAUACAAGAUCAGGGGCUUAUUUAGGAAGAGGGGUUUAGAAAAGAGGAAUUAGCUUUGCAUGCUUUGGGAAUAAAAUUAUGUAUAACCUAGUGAUCAGGUGUCCUUCUUCCCUUUUUGUUUGGGAGACAAAACCAAAAAAUAACACUUGAUAGUAUUAUUAACAGAAUAUGAAACAUGCUCGCGCUGUUGAAUUUGAUUAGGCAAAUUUUCCAGCUAUGUUAUACAUGUAAGUAUUCAGCGUCAUUCGAUCCCAGUCGUCCUCUGCAAUUUCGGGUGUGACAUCACCUGUCAAGCCAUCCUCGGAGAUCCAGGGCAGUUGUUAUGUCAUGAAAUCUUGUGCUUGGUCCUAAGUAGCCUCGCCGCAGACAUCCCACGGGGUUUGUUUGUCACGCGCUCACUUCUCCGUGGGGGAGAAAUGAAUGCAUGACGAACGAACCCCAAAGGACGUCUGCGGGGAGGCUAGGUUCUCAGCCUCCUCUGGUCAUACAGAUAUGGUCAAAACCUUGUCUUUUUUUCCCUAAAAUCUAAUUUGGAAUUCAUUUUGCACCAAUGAAAACGGAAAAUCAAAGCUUUAGCUCUUAUUACUAAAGCCUGAAGUAUAAUAUAUAGUUUCCAUUAAAACUGCCCUGUUUGUAUUUUUUUUCUUAAUACUGCAGCCAAAAUAAGGCCUAAAAUGCUUUUCAAUACACUUGAAAAUAAAACCAGACAAUAAAGAAAGAAGUUCUAAGAAGAAAGAAGGAAUAAAGUAGGGAUCUUGACGACAAUAUUCACAGCGAGUUACCCAUCCAGUUCCUAACCCAGCACAACAGAAUAACUUGAAUGCACUACUAAAACCUGAGUUUUACGAGGGUUAUUGCAAUAUAUGUAUUUUAAGUAAUACUUGUUGUUAUUAUUUCAGGCAGAGCAAGUAAGUCUUCAUGGCUUUAUAAACAUGUUUCUCAUCAUCUCGCUGGCAAUGCUCUGGGCUCUGUUACCAACUGAUUUGAUUGCUUUUGGUGCUCAGUGGUUACAGAACAGAAUUCUUGUGGUAAGACUUUUUCUACAGUGGCCUGCAUACAUGUAGCUGGUGCUUAGAUUGUUUUUGGAGAGCAUGUUAAGGUGUGGAAAAUGAUAUUGCACAACAGCACCAACGUUUAUACAGGCUAUCGUUGAAUUGUAUAGUGUGGCCAUUUGAUAUCAGCUUUAUUAUUUAAAACCCCAGUUUUGCUGCUCAAGAUAUGAUGUUUUUAACGUGUUUAACCUCAGUGGUUGGCUCAUUAUGACCCUUAGGGAAGUGGUUAAAAUUUACAUUUUUCAGCCAGGGACCAAAAGGCAUGAACUGGAAUAAAUGGAAUGGAAUAAUGACACAUUUACAAGAAAAUUCAUUUUACUUUGAUUUACGGUUACAGUACUGGGAAAUUGUUUUGUACACUGAUCAGCGUAAUUUAAUUGUCCUCAUCAGAUUCUCUUGCACCUCCCUUACUCAAGAAAAUUAGAGGAAGAAGCAGAUGAGGUUGGCAUGACGAUGGCUGCUAGGGUAAGAAGAAACCAUGUAGUUACGUCUAGUAACCAGUGUGGAUUUCCAGGAGAAGACUUUUUUCUAGUGUUGUUCUGCUUGUAAAUAGGUUAAGCAAGGUCGUAGAGAAAUACACAAUUUAGCAUAGAGUGACAUGACAUGAACUGCCCUUGAAUCAUGCAUGAAAAGGCUAAUCAAGGUUUAACACUUUCAAUUAUCCUACUCAUACCUCAACCCUCUAAGCUACCAGUGGGAAAACUAGUCUCAUGUACCUAUGGUGUUGUCAUCAGUUCUAAUGUGCAAAGAUAUCAUUUUAGAGAUGGUAUUUUACAGUUUGCCCUGUACUGAUGCCAGAAGAAAUCACCAUGUUCUACACUUGUUUCUCCUCGCACCUUUGCGCGUGAGACGUUUUAUCCCAAGAGGCGAGGAGCGAGGAGAAAUGGCUGUUUUCACAGGCUACUUAAAAUUGCAAAUUAUUAAUAACUCAAGAUAAUGCUAGGAAAUUAGUGUCUUAAUUGUCCCUUAUUGUCUUACCGCCAUUUUGAAGUGACUGUACCUUAAAUUUGACGGAAACAUCUUGAUAUAAUGCGGAAAUUUUCUCCCAACACUUUUGGUUUAAUGAAACAUAAAAGUCUGUAUUUCAGGGUAUUUAACUCCAGCAAAAAUUCCGUGCGACAUAGUAUUGAAGAGUAGUUUACUGUAUUGAUGUACGCGUAUAUUAUAACAAACAGGCAUGCUUUGACGUUCGUGAAAGUCCCAGAUUUUGGUGGCGACUCGCAGCCGCACAGGAUCAAAUGGCCCAACCUGAGGCACUAAAAUGGUUAUCCACUCAUCCUUCCCACAGUGACAGAGCUCAAAAACUUGAAACUUUACUGCCAAAGGUAAAAGUCGUUAACAACUGUAGGGAUGUGUAAAAAUGAAUAGUUUAGUGAUGUCCCAUUCGUGCUUGAAUUAGCACAAAUUAAUGGAGGGCUUAUUUGAAGUCAUGGUGGGGUGCUUACAUAUUUGAAGUGGGUUCCUCAAAAGGUCGACUUCAAUUUGACAGUGUUGAGUCAUAAUUGACAUAAUUGUGCCUGUGACAUUCAUCGUUCAAACUGGAUAAGUUUUAUUUUAUGUGAAAUUGUCAUUUGUCAAUGUCCCGCUGUCAAGAUUUUUUUAUCACAUGUAUUUGUUAUUCUUUGCUUUUAAACAUGUUUCACCAUUAUUUUUUUUUUCUUCAGGCUCUAGAGGCCAGGACGAAAUGCAGAUGUCCACCUCUCCCAGGUAAAGUUUCAAUCGUAUACAAUCUGUAUCGUAAAUAUACAGUGUAUAUCGUAUGGCACCAUCAAUGAUAUACCGCGCUCUAACAGCAUAAAUGUCUAAGUUGGCACUCUGCAUUCCAGUUGGUUUCCAAACUAUUUAUUUCGGCAUAUUCCAGCAAGACCUUACCUCUCAAGUUAGCGUAAAUAAAUCAUUGUUCUACAUGUAUAAAGUGAAUGUAACUAUCUUCGCAGUUAAAUGAACAACCUAAGCGGUUGAAAAAGAACUUGAAAAGAAUCAGAAAUAACCGGAGGAGGAACUCGAAGCCCAAAAGGCUUUUUCGAAUUUUAAGUGCAGAUGGGCUUUCUUCACGCCAAGAGUUUUUCAAGUUGCCCCUAUUCUUAAACCAGUUCUUGGUGUCUGGAUAUCAGAUAGAACACUCCGAGGUUUUUAUAAUUAUAGGUUUCAAAUGAAUCCUUGAAUUGAAUUGAUCCUUGACGAAAAAACCCGCUAUUUUUCAGUAAGUUAACUAGUAUGCGUUCAAACGUCCUUUGCAGCAGUUUCUUAGUUUUCUAGAGAGAAUAAUGGGUCAGAGAGUGAAACACCGUGUCUAGCCCUUAGGAUGUCUGAAUUUCACCGAUUAAACACUUGAAAUUAUUUGGAAGUUGGAUUCCUGAGAGGUCCGCAAAUUUUUAUUCAAUGUUGUCAACAGAGAAUAAUUAUUAAUAAUAGGACAUCAUGCUCUCUCGGUGUGUCACCAUUUGCAUCAUGAGGACGUGGUGGCGUCUCAAACAAUCGAUUCAAUUGUGCGGACGUCCCAGGAAUUAAGCUUCCGUUUAAUUACAGCCUCUAAGAAUAACUUAACUAAAAUUGACAUACCCCUUCAUACCCUUUCUCUCUAUCUUAUGAUUCUCUCUUACUUUUGAUGAAUUGUUUGAUGAGUUCAUGCAGUGAUGUAUGAAUCGGGCAAUUUAUCGCCUUACAUUUUCAUUUCUUUAGGUGAAGAAACGUUUAUAUCCCGGGAAGAUCAACUUCCGUUAAGAAGACCAUCGCCACCUCCAUAAUGAACAAGAAAUUUAGAUAACAGUUAAAUAUAAUAUAAUAUUAGAAUUAUAAUAGUUUGUUUUCAUUAGUG